CGCCUUCGGGGUGGUGCCAGCAUUUGGUCCCGCCCCUUGCAUAUUCAACUUCCGCUCGGGGAAAGUCUGCUUCCGGCCCCUGGCGCGUUGCCAGGCAAGAUGGCGGCGCGGCGGCCGCUGCGGGUGUUGGGGCUGGCGGGCUUCCGACAGAGCGAGCGGGCCUUCCGCGAGAAGACGGGAGCCCUGAGGAAGGCGCUGCGGGGCCGCGCCGAGCUCGUGUGCCUCAGCGGCCCGCACCUGGUCGCGAAUGCCGCGGGCCCCGAGAGCGUCGGGCCAGCCUCCGGCGAGACGGCCCUGCCCGAGCCCUGCCUUCCGGAGGAGCAGCCUCGAGGCUGGUGGUUUUCAGAACAGGAAGCAGACGUUUUCAACGCCCUGAGCCAUCCCACAGUGUGCAGAGGUCUGGAGGAAGCCUUGGGAACCGUGGCACAGGCACUGAAGAAACUGGGGCCUUUUGAUGGGCUCCUUGGUUUCAGCCAGGGGGCCGCGCUAGCAGCCCUUGUGUGCGCCCUUGGCCAAGCGGGAGAUCCUCGCUUUCCCUUGCCAAGGUUUAUCAUCCUGGUGUCUGGUUUCUGUCCCCGGGGCCUUGGACUCAAAGAACCCAUCCUGCAGGGCCCCUUGUCGCUGCCUUCCCUCCAUGUUUUCGGGGACACUGACUGUGUCAUCCCCCCUCAGGAAAGUAUGCAACUGGCUAGCCGAUUCACUGGAGCCAUCAACCUCACCCACUCUGGUGGCCAUUUCAUUCCAGCAGCUGCAGCCCAGCGCCAGGUCUACCUCAAGUUCUUGGACCAGUUUGCAGAGUGAAAGAUGAACAGGGGCUCUGCCCCUACAUCCCCUACCCCCACAUGACCUUGGGGCAGCCUCUGGACUCCAGCCUCCCCGUCUUUCCCCUGCUCUGGGAGCUCAAGUGCUGUAGUGUUCCUCACUAUCACCAAUUAAGAGACAUAUCAGUUCUUUAGACUCAAAUUAUUAUAAGCCCAGCUCUACACUCAAGAAAAAAGGGAGCAGGAUAUUCAAACAUGACGUCUGAUACUCAAACAUGAGAAAGGCCAGUGGACCCCUGGAUGAGUGGAGGGUGGCAUGGGAAGAGCAGGGGCUGGCACUGUGACUGCUACAUAAUAAAGUGGUGAUUUGGAUUUUGAGCAUCUUUUUCCUUAUACAGAAAAACCCAUUUUGAAACCGAAGUCUGGAUUUCUGGCCUUCCAUACAACCUCCAGGGAAGCACCAAACAGGGAAGUGUUUGCAGUUGUGAGUCUCCAGGACAAGCUUGUGAGUGCACACGUUUGGUAGAAGUCUUAAGUCCCAAGCUGAAGGGAAGGAGGCCUUGGUGGCUGAGUUGGAAGAGUUUACAUCUGAGAAGUUUUGGGUAGAGGUCCCCUGGCAUGGUUCUGCCUGGGCUACAGAGUUAGGGUUCCUCCGUCCUGAUCCCUGAGGGUAGUGUGCUAGUCUCCUGUCAGACUCUGGCAUCUUGGGUUCUCUGCUUCCUCCUCCAGAACUGCUGUAGACCCUCUGAACGACCAGCUUGAAGGGUGGGAUGAUGCUCAACCUCAGGUAGAAGCCCAAGCCUGCACAGAAGAAACCCUAUUACAGACCUGACCUCAUCUACAGAGUUUCUGGGGUUGAUGCUACUCCACAAGGAUCCAGCCAAAGCCUAAGGAGCCCCUCCAGUUCUUGAGUACAGUUAGUUGUUCCUAAGCUGUCACUAGGUCCGCUUUUGCUAUUUGCCCUACUUCUAGUGCCUCCACCUGUGGCCCACCCUGCACUGAUUUCAGCGCUGCCUCUGCAGGUUCACCAGCCUGUUCCUUUUCUGAAAAAUUACAGGAGGCCCUGGUCUAACCCUCAUGCACGGUUGCCCCCAGGGAGGUUAGUAAUUGAGUAGGAAUUAGGAUUAGGGGAUACAGCACAAAUACUCCAGCCUGCCCUGAGCCAAUCAGACUAGCAUCCCUUAAAUUGCCCCUAAUCCUGAGUUCUUCACUACACAUAGCACUUGUCUAAGAUGAAAAAGCUGGAGUUACCAACCCCCCUUCCCCCCAAUCACCACCAGACACCCAGCUUACUGGAUUUAGGACCUUUACAGCAGAAACUGAGGAUGGGAGGAUAGUUCUCCCUUGCUACAGUCUGCCUCUGCCUUGCUCUUGGUGUUUAAAAGGAUCCCUUUUUUGGCAAAAAGGAGACUCAGAAAUGAACUGAAUUGCUCCUACAGACCUGUUGGAUUUGGCCCAUUGGAUUUUUAAAAAUACUCAAUUUUUGAUACUUAAGGUUUUCAGAAUUUCACCCACACAAAUCAGAUUCCUGGCUUCUCUGGAAAUAAGCAGUUCAGAAUGGAAUACAAUGGAUCUGCAGUUCAGAGCUCACAUGCCCCCAUGGCAGUCGUGGGCUGCCCCCUUUAGCAACGUCCCGAGGUAUGAACAUGAUGACAAUUGCUACCACA